AUGCUCUUCGACGUGCCGGUCCACGAGCUGACUGCCGGCGACGGCGACAAGGCGCUGCUCACCGCGGACGGCGGCCGGAACCGUGGCCAUGGUGCCGACUUUGGGCACCUCAAGAACCGUCUGCGGCUCCGCAGCGGUGGCCGGUACGCCAUGAUCGGCCGUAACGGGUGCGGCAAGUCGACGCUUCUUCGGGCGCUUGCCUCUGGCACGCUCCCCGAGUGGCCCGGCUCCAUCCGCACGUUUCUGGUGGAGCAGGACCACCGGAUCGAUCCCGAGCAGCAGGUGAUAGAGGCGGUGCUCUCCGCCGACAGCCGCGUCUCGGACUUGCAGGCGGAGGCGGCACGGCUCGAGAGGGAGUCCGCCGAGGCGAGGGAGUCUGCGACGGAGCGGCUAUGCGAGAUCUACGAGGCGCUCGAGGAGCUCGACGCAGAGUCGGAGGGACUGCGCCGGCACCGGGUCGAGGCCAUCCUCGGCGGCCUCGGCUUCACGGCGGAGAUGCAGGGCGCCGCAGUGGGCGAGCUGAGCGGAGGGUGGCAGGCGCGGCUGGCGAUGGCGAGCGCGCUCUUCGUCGAGCCCGAGCUGCUGCUGCUCGACGAGCCGACCAACCACCUCGACCUCCGGGGGCUGCGAUGGCUGCAGCGGUACCUCCGCGACGAGUUUCGGGGGACGAUGCUGGUCGUCGCGCACGACCGCGCCUUCCUCGACGCGGUGGCGACCGACAUCAUCCUCUUCGAGGGCGUCAAGGGGACGCUCACCUAUUUUCACGGCACGCUCGAGGAGAGGGGCCUAGAUGCGGAGGAGAUGCGGAGUCCGUCUCCUCUCGAGCCAGCGGCUCGAGUCGACACGCAACCGCAUCGUAGCUCUCGCAUUCACGCGGAGUUUGAGACGCGGACCGCCGACUCGUCUGCCGCGAUGCAGCGUCAGGUCGCGGCGCUCGAGCGGAAGAAGAAGCACAUCGAGCAGUCGGUUGACAAGAUGAAGCAGGCGGCCGCCGGGAAGCACGGCGACCAGAAGAAGUCGGACCUGGUCGCCUCCCGCGAGAAGAAGCUCGGCCGGAUGGGCCUCGAGAAGACGGCCGACGGCAAAAAACACGGCAUCCGCGCGGGCGCGGCCAACCACAACGACGGCGAGAGCAAGGGGUCGGGCACGAUGCGCAAGAUGGUGGGCACGUCGCUGCUGCCGAAGUCGGCGCCGGAGCUCAAGUGGGGCUUCGGCGACAGCGCGCCGCUCGGCCUGUCGGACGACGCGCCGCUGCUGGAGCUGCGGUCGGUCGGCUUUGCCUACCCGGGCGGGGGACAGCCGACCCUCUUCUCAGGCGUCGAGCUGUCGCUCGGCUCUCGCUGCCGGGUCGCGCUCGUCGGCCGGAACGGGACGGGCAAGUCGUCGCUGAUGCGGCUGCUCACGGGGGAGGCCGAGCCGAGCGCGGGCGAGGUGUGGCGCCACCGCGGCUUGCGCGUGGCGCACUACAGCCAGCACCUCGCGGAGAGCCUCGACAAGGAGGAGACGCGGAGCGGGUUUGCCUGGCUCAAGGACGAGCUGCCCGACGCCAAGGACGAGGACCUCCGGCGCCAGCUGGGCUCGUUUGGCAUCAACAGCGGGGCCAGCGGGCUGGCCUCCCUCCCCCUCUCGGCGCUUAGCGGAGGGCAGCGCGUGCGCGUCGUCAUCGCGCGCCUGGCGAUGGAGGCGCCGCAUCUCCUGCUGCUCGACGAGCCGACCAACCACCUCGACCUCUACUCGAUCGACGCCCUGAGCGACGCGCUCGAGCGCUUUGCGGGCGGCAUCGUCCUCGUGUCCCACAACGCGAGCCUCCUUGAAAAGGUGGCGCGCGACGUCUACAUCGUGAGCGGUGCCAAGCGCACGGUGCAGCGGUUCGACGGAACCGUUGACGAGUACCUCGCUCGGGUGUUGGGGAGGUGAGGAUUGGCGCUGCUCCGCCGUUGUGCGUGUGUGUGCUGCUGAAGUGUAACGUGAGCUGAGUGAUGAAAG